AUGGCGGCCUCUACAGCUUGGUCUGCUGGAGUAACACUCCAGGACAUCUGCAACGCUGCGGGCUGGUCCACUCCGCUGACCAUCAUCAGGUUUUAUGACCUCGACCUUGGAGGCACUCCCGGCUCCACUGUCCUAAAACCUUUAGUAAUGUUCUUCAAAAUGGAAUCUUCACUUUCUCUGAUCUUCCUCAUGAUCUCAGGGGCUCUUGGGAAUAAAUGGAGUGUGAAAUACAGCAAACCACAUCUCUGUGCUGUAAAAGGAUCUACAGUGGUUAUGAAGUUCACUUACACACAUCCAACAAAUGUUACAGUAAAAAACAGGUUUUGGGUAAUAAACCCAGUUAAGGGUGUAGAAGCGACUGAUCUGCGUAAUGAAUCAGGUUACUCAGGCAGAGUGGAGUAUUUAGGAGAUGAACAGACUCCCUUCUCCCUCAGACUGAGUGAUGUGAAGAAAUCAGAUGAGCACAAGUACUGCUUUAGAUUCAUAACAACUGGAAAGGGACACACAGGUUUUCCUGGAAUUACACUCAGAGUUACAGAUCUUCAGCUGAUCGCUCCUGCAGAAGUGACAGAGGGAGAAUCAGUCAUUCUGACCUGUAAAACCACCUGCAGUCUGACUGAUCCAACAUUCAUCUGGUACAAAAACACACAUGAUUUAACCACAAACACCUUCAAGAGCAACAAACUCCACCUGCAGAGGGUCAGCAGUGAGGAUGCAGGCAGUUAUAACUGUGCUGUAAGAGGAUCUGAACAUCUCCCAUCUCCUGCUCAAUACCUCAGUGUCAGAUAUCGUCCAAAGAAUGUGUCCAUCAGUCCCUCUGGUGAGAUUGUGGAGGGCAGAUCAGUGACUCUGAUCUGCAGCAGUGAUGCAAACCCACCUGUGGAGAACUACACCUGGUUUAAGGGGAGGACAUCAGUGGGAAAAGGAAAGACCUUCACCAUCUCUAAAGUCAGAUUUGAAGACAGUGGAGAGUACAAGUGCAUGUGCAGUAAUGAAGUCGGGCAUCAGAACUCCACCAGUGUAACUCUGAAUCUUCUGUAUUCUCCAAAGAACAUCUCAGUGUCUAUCAGUCCCUCUGGUGAGAAAGUGGAGAGAAGUUCAGUGAAUCUGACCUGCAGCAGUGACAGUAACCCACCUGUGGAGACCUACACCUGGUUUAAGGAGAAAGAAUCAUCACCUGUAGGAUCAGGACAGAGUUACAGAGCUCUACAGAGUGGACUGUACUACUGUGAGGUUCAGAAUAAACUCGGCUCUGAGAGAUCAGCUGCAGUGUCCAUCACUAUAACUGCUCUUCUCUCUGCACUCUUCUGGCUGAGAUGCAGAAGACAGAAGAAUAAUCCAGAUGAAGGUUACUAUCAGAACGUUGGGCUGAGGGCUAAAGACGACACGCAUGCAGCUCUCGACCCUGCAGGCCGGAAAUCUGAUGAUGUUCAUCACACACUUGCAGUUUCUCAUCCCAGUCCUCCUGAUGACACGCUCACUUCUGACUACUGCAAUGUGGAAACUAUCAGGAACAUGAUGAAAAUGAGUCCUGAAACAGCUGAUGAAUAA